AGGCUGCAGGAUCAGCUAUGGUUCUGUUCUGGGCUCUUGCCCUUCUAUGCUUGCCUGGGCCAGUCUUCUGCCCUGAAGGAAGCUCUUUGUAAGAGAGCACUGCUCUGUAUCACACAUCCUUCCAGGAGUGACAGUUGGGGAGGCUGUUCAGGGCAGGUGAGGGCUCAGGUUUCACUGGCAGUUGGGCUGUGAAGUCACAAGGUUCUGGUAAGGAAAGGAUGGUUCCAGAAUAGCCCUACUGCCAACUGUGCCUACUUCCCAGGGAUCCUCUGCGGAGGAGACAAGAUGUAAAGGCAAGAACUCAUUUUACCCACUCCCCAGGCCCCACAGCCUUCCAGCCCAACUUCCUCACCACUUUCCAGCAUGAUCCCCAGCUGCCCUGGCUCAGUGUCUAGCUUUGGCUACUGGAGUACUGGACCCAGGCUAAAGCCAGAGAUGAGGGCUGCUGGUGAAGCCAUGUCAGAGCUGGCUGACAGUCCCUUGUCAGGGAUGUCACCCCGUUCACAAACCAGCACUGUAACCCUGGAGGACCUAGAACUGCUCCUGGUAGAAGGUCUGGCCAGCUCUGAGCCCUUGAGUCUAGAAGAGAAUUUGGAGAGGAAUGAGUUCAGCCCCUUCGAGUCCAGUUCCCUUCCCCCUGUGCAGGAUACCUCCAAGCGCUUGGAGGAGUGGGUGGCCAAGUUGCAGGCUGAGGUGGUGUCCCUGCGGAGACACAAGGUGCACUGUGAGCAGGCUUCUCUGAGCCUGCUGAGGGAGCUGCUGCAGGUUCGUGAGCGCACGCAGCUGCAGUCCUCGGAGCUCCGGCAGCUAUGGCAAGAGAUGCAGCGUGUGGCCCAGGUCCCUGAGAAGGAGGUGCAGGUGUUCCCUGGGGCCCAGAACCAGAACCAGAUGCAGAUCGUGGACAAGAGGCUGGUGGAAGUCCGAGAAGCCUUGGCUCAGAUCAGGAGGAGGCAGGCACUGCAGGAUGCAGAGCGGAAGACCUCUGUGCAGGAGGCCAAUCUCAGGCUAGCCAAGCUGACUGGGUGGUUGAGGCAGGAAGAGCAGGCCCGGGAGGCAGCCUGCAACACUCUGCAGAAGAGCCAGGAGGACACCAGCCAGAAGGUGGACCAUGAGGUGGCCAAGAUGCAGGCACAACUGACCAAGCUUGGGGAGGAGAUGAGCCUCCGCUUCCUGAAGAGGGAGGCCAAGCUGUGCAGCUUCCUGCAGAAGAGCUUCCUGGCUCUAGAGCAGAGAAUGAAGGCCUUGGAAGGCACACGGCUGGAGGCAGAGAGAAGCCUGCGGGAGGAGCUGGAGGGCCAUUGGCAGAAGCUGCAGAAGCUGACUGAGGAACGUGUCCAGGCCCUGUGGGGACAGCAUGAGCAAGAGAAAGAGGGCUGCCUGCGGGAACAGUGCCGGGGUCUGGAUGCAGCUGUGGUUCGGCUCACCAAGUUCGUGCGGCAGAACCAGAUGUCACUGAGCCAUAUCCUGCUGACGGAGCAGAAGGCCCGGGUCUCCAAGGUGGGUUUGGAAGAAAGUCAGGCUGGGGAGUUGGCCUCCUACGUGCAGGAGAACCUGGAGGCUGUACAGCUGGCAAGCAAGCUGGCCCGGCAGGAGACACAAGGUGCAAUGGAGCUGGGCCCCCCUGACUCACUUCCUAUGCCCCUGAAGCUCCAAGAAAAGAGCCAGGUCCUGGAAAGAUCAGUGUCCAAACUGGCUCAGCAGUUGAAAGACCUGGGUGAGCACUGCCUGGCCCUGAGCUGGAGGCUACACCUGCAGGAGCAGACACUAGGCUUGAGGCUGUCCGAGGCAAAGACUGAGUGGGAAGGUGUAGAGAGGAAGUCACUCGAGGACCUGGUCCAGUGGCAAAAGGAGGUUGAAGCCCACCUGCAGGAGGUUCGAGAGAAAGUAGACUGCCUUCCCCAACAGAUAGAAGGUGUCUCAGAUAAGUGUAUCCUUCACAAGAGUGAUGCAGACCUGAAGAUCUUGGCAGAGGGCAAGGCCAGAGAGUUCGAGGUCAGGGCUAUGCGGCAGGAGCUGGCCACUGUGCUGUCAUCUGUGCAGCUGUUCAAGGAGGACAACCCCAGCCGGAAGAUUGCAGAAAUCCAGGGCAAGCUGGCCACGUUUCAGAAGCAAAUGAUAAAGUUAGAAAACAGCAUCCAGGCCAACAAGACCAUCCAGAACCUGAAGUUUAAUACAGAGACCAAGCUGCGUUCCGAGGAGAUAGCGGCCCUGCGGGAGAGCAUGCUGCAUCUGUGGAGCGAGGAGGGCCCAUGGCCGCUAACACUGGGCAGCAGGCGGGUGUUCAUGUCCCUGGUGAGGCAGCGGUUUUUCAUCAAGGAUGUGGCCCCUGGCGAGCAGAUUCCCAUGAACUGUUGGGGCAUCUAUCAGGCCGUGAGGUGGCUUCAGUGGAAGGCCAUCAUCUUGAAUCGAAUGGCUCAGCAGAGGCUGGAAGCGGUGUCAGAGUCUUCCUACAGGGCUCCUGUGCCCCAGCUCGCAUCUGUGUGCUUUCCCCAGAAAUAAACGUGCUAACUCUUA